ACAAAAAUAAACAGCUGAGCUGACUUUGAAUUGAAGACCAAAAAGAAAACAAACCUCUAACCAUUUACGGCAAAGAUAUAUAUAACUAUAAUUCAAGACUAAUUCAAUUCAUCACUGUCACCUUUUCUGAAUUUUCAACUUCAAUCCUAUGGUGAUGGAACCUCCAGGAAACGAAUUAGCAGAGGAGAUAAUCCUCCGAUGGGACUCGACGGCGUCGGAGGAAGCCAGGGUGGAAAUGAUAUUCGACGGUGAUCGUUGCGAGAUCGACCGGUAUUUGCAAGCAGUGGAUGAAAUCCAACAGUUGAUGGGAUCGGCAACCGUUUCCGACGACCAGAGGAAAGCCAACUCUGCGAUUCAGAUUGCUAUGGCUCGGCUGGAGGGCGAGUUUCGCAAUAUUUUGAUUGCUCACACCACUCCAAUCCUCACUGACUCUCUCAUCAACCAGAACUCUUCGAUCCACUCUAAUUCGAAUGAUUUACAAGACCAGGUCUUUGCAGACCACUAUGAUGAUAUGAGCAAAGAGCUGGAACAUCAACAGAACAAUAGUAGUAGCGCCAGCUAUCGAUCCAUGAAUAGUAUUCGCGAAAUCGAUCUGAUACCUUCCGAAGCUAUCUACGAUCUCCGAAGCAUCGCGGAGAGAAUGAUCUCCGCUGGACAUCUCCGGGAAUGUAUUCAGGUCUACGGCAGCAUAAGAAAGUCAGUAGUGGACGCGAGCUUCCGGGUACUAGGAAUCGAAAAUUUGAGCAUUGGUGAUGUUCAGAAGCUUGAGUGGGAAGCUCUGGAGACCAAGAUCAAACGGUGGAUUCGAGCAGCGAAGAUCUGUGUUCGAAUUCUCUUUCCUAGUGAGAAAAAACUCUGUAAGCAAAUAUUUGAAGGUUUAGGAAUUUCUACAGAAGAUGCUUGUUUUAUGGAAACUGUUGAAGGACCAUCAAUUCAGCUGCUUAAUUUCGCCGAAGCAAUUAGUACUAGUCGGAGAUCACCGGAGAAAUUGUUCAAGAUUUUGGACGUUCACGACGCUUUGUCGGACUUGUUACCUGAUAUUAAGGUUGUCUUUCAGUCAAAGCAAUCGGAAUCCAUUAGGGUUCAGGGAGCGGAAAUAUUGUCCCGGUUGGCCGAAGUGGUGAGAGGAACAUUGUCUGAAUUUGAGAACGCUGUGCUUCGCGAGCCGUCGAGGAUUCCUGUGCCCGGAGGUACAAUUCAUCCCUUGACUCGGUAUGUUAUGAAUUAUAUAAGUCUGAUAUCGGAUUAUAGCCAGACAUUAAUGGAAUUGAUUGUAUCCAAGCCAUCAACGGGGUCGAGGUAUACCGGUGAUCCUAAUAUGCCGGACGUUGAUUUGGCGGAACUGGAAGGGCAAACUCCGUUGGCUCAUCAUUUGAUUUGGAUUAUUGUGAUUUUACAAUUCAAUUUGGAGGGGAAGUCCGAGCACUAUAAAGAUGCUUCUUUGGCUCAUCUGUUUAUGAUGAACAAUGUUCAUUAUAUUGUUCAGAAGAUCAAAGGGUCUCUGGAGCUGAGGGAGAUGAUAUGUGAUGAUUAUUUGAGGAGGCUAACAGGGAAAUAUAGGCAUGCAGCAACUAAUUACCAGAGAGUAACUUGGGUGAGGGUCUUGUAUUGUUUGAGGGAGGAGGGGUUGCAUGUGAAUGGGGGUUUUUCAUCUGGGGUGUCCAAGAACGUCUUGAGAGGGAGGUUUAAGACUUUCAAUCAUAUGUUCGAGGAGGUUCACAGGACUCAGGCAACAUGGUUGGUACCUGACGCACAGGUUCGGGAGGAGCUUCGUAUAUUCAUAUCGGAGUUGUUGAUCCCAGCUUAUAGGUCAUUUCUAGGCCGUUUCAGGAGUCAUCUGGAGAGUGGGAAGCACCCAGAGAAUUACAUCAAGUACUCUGUUGAGGAUCUUGAGUCUGCCAUAUUGGAUUUCUUUGAGGGAUACCCGGUGUCUCAGCAGUUGAGGAGGCGAUCUCACUGAAGGAAUGGUUCUGAAUUAUGCAUGUUAGAGUCUAGGACACUAUUCUUUAAUUGUUUUAUUCGUUUAUUUGGGUUGAGUGGUUCUGAUUAUUCUGGGUUUUCCUAAGCUCUCUUAGUUCUUGAGGAGGGUGACCUUCGGGACAGCUGAAGAGAUCAAGUAAGUGGGAAGUUCAGUUUUAGCUCUUAAGAAUAGCCAAGGUCCUGCAUGAAUGCUUCUGCCCUGGAACCAUUUAGUUGUCUGAUUUUGUCACUGUCUUUAGGUUUUGUUUCAUUUGUUCAUAGGGGAAUUGUUGUAUGUGCUUACUAUGAUAUUUACAUGAAAUUAUGAGU